UACUUAUGAGGAGAGCGUGCAAAACAAUGUUCCAAUAGAAACAAUAGAUAUAUGUACAUAUCAAAAUACUGAAGUUUCUGAAUUUAUAGUUGACUGGUCUCUACAUAAACUAAGACUUUUUUUUAUAAACGAGUUGAACGAGACAUUUCGGUUAUUUUCAAGAAUGGAUAUAUGGAAGAUAACUAUCAUCUGUUUUUUGUCUAUUCUUACGAGCCCCUGUUCCGGACUUGACAAUGGGCUAGCUUUGACUCCCCCAAUGGGCUGGAUGCAGUGGCAAAGAUACCGAUGCGUAGUUGACUGUGACUUAUAUCCAGAUGAUUGUAUUAGCGAAAAGUUGUUCAAGAGAACAGCGGAUCUUAUGGUGUCAGAUGGAUAUUUGGCUGCAGGAUAUGAAUAUGUUAUGAUAGAUGACUGUUGGAUGUCUUUCGAAAGAGAUCCGAAAUCAUUCAGAUUACAACCUAAUGCUACGAGAUUUCCUUCUGGUAUAAAAGCACUAUCUAAAUAUAUUCAUAGUAAAGGCUUGAAGUUUGGAAUUUAUGCUGACUAUGGGACCCAUACUUGUGGAGGAUAUCCAGGAAGUUUGAAUUAUCUGAGUAUUGAUGCCCAAACUUUCGCAGAUUGGGAAGUGGACUAUUUGAAAUUCGAUGGAUGUUAUGUGGACCAGAGUGAAAUGGAAGAAGGAUAUGCAGCUAUGAGUGGAUUUUUGAAUAGAACAGGAAGACCUAUAGUAUAUUCAUGUAGCUGGCCUGCUUAUAUGGAACCGAGUGGAAUAAAGCCUAAUUACAAAGCCUUAGCCAAAUACUGCAACUUAUGGAGAAACUGGGAUGAUAUCGAUGACUCAUGGCAGAGUGUCAGUAGCAUAAUGUCGUGGUUUGGAAAAAAUCAAGACAGAAUUGUUCCGAUGGCUGGACCAGGUCAUUGGAACGAUCCAGAUAUGUUGCUUGUGGGAAACUUUGGCUUGAGCUAUGAGCAGAGCAAAGCACAAUUGAGCGUAUGGGCCAUAUUAGCUGCUCCUUUCAUUAUGUCUGUGGAUUUGAAGAACAUCAGACCUGAAUUACGUGAUCUUCUGCUCAACAAAGAUGUUAUUGCAAUAAAUCAAGAUGCUCUGGGAAAACAAGGAACCCUAGUCUUGGAGAAAAAUAAUAUAAGUAUAUGGGUCCGACAGUUGAAACCACAUGCUCUUAAUUGUUCUUCCUAUGCUAUUGCUUUCGUUAGUCAUCGGACAGAUGGUUAUCCUUACAGAAUCACCGUGAAGCCGAGUAAAUUGGGAUUAUUCAAUGAGGAUGGAUAUUUGCUACAGGAUGUGUUCGAUAAAAUAGAGAGGCCGAUAACAACACCGGAAGAAGAUAUCGUUGUUAGAGUCAAGCCUUCAGGAGCAGUACUACUGAAAGCUAAACCACUGUGUGAUAGUAAUGCUAUCCAGCACUAAAUUCCAGAUUACUUUAUCUCCAAGAAGUAUUAUAUAAAUUUUAGGAUACAACUUACACUCAAUAAAAAUUUAGUUUUUUUAUCUCAA